ACCCUCCAUAUGUAUAUUUACCUGUAUAUAUAUAUACCAACGCGUUAGCAUUUUAACAUACGCAUUUUUCAUCAUACAUGACACCCUGUACAUUAUUGAUACGCGGGUUAACCAUACGCUUGAGAAACGUACGUACUGACAUUAGCAUGCAUAUUGACAUACGUGUAGUUAUUUGCGCUUACCCUCUUGUGUAAAGUUUAUGUUGUUGGACCAUUUCUCCUUUUCGCCAUCUGGCCACUCCACCAUCUCUGCUGACCGUUCAUAGUCACCACUCGUUCAUCGCACGUUCAACUCUCGCUACUCGUGCCCCCUCCCAAUCGCAGCGUUACAAUUGCAUAAGGGCUCCCUCCUCCUUUUCGCUCGCGAAGCUUAGCAAAGAGCAUCCAACAUUAUCACAUUUUAACCCACUUUAUCUUACUUUUUUUUUGUUCCGAAAAUGCGACCAUGUGAUCCCAAUUCAGCUUUUUUUGGGUUUAUGGGGAUCGCCGCGUCCUCCAUCUUUUCGAAUCUCGGGGCCGCCUAUGGAACGGCGAAAAGUGGCGUAGGGGUGUGUAGCGUUGGUGUCAUGAGGCCCGACUUAAUCAUGAAAUCGAUUUUGCCUGUGGUUAUGGCUGGUGUGCUUGGAAUCUACGGAAUCAUUAUGUCUAUCCUUAUAUAUGGAAAAAUGGCCCCCGCGGCAGAAUAUUCUACUUUUUCCGGAUACACUCACCUGUCGUCUGGACUCAUAGUAGGACUGAGUUCAUUGGCCGCCGGACUGGCUAUCGGAAUUGUUGGUGACGCUGGAGUAAGAGCCAAUGCGCAGCAAAACAGAUUAUUUAUUGGAAUGAUUUUAAUUCUUGUCUUUUCGGAAACCUUGGCAUUAUAUGGUUUAAUUAUCGGCAUUUACAUCUCCAUCUCCGACACUCCGAAGCUUUGUGAUUCCUAUGCAACCACUUAG